UACCCGGUUUCACGUGGGCUGGGUUUUUUUGGUUCUCGGAAGGUAGACACAAAGCGUGCAUUUAGAUCCUGAAGAAGAACUUUACUGUGUGCGGCAUGGAUUUAUGACAGCGGCGCGCGCGAGCUGCGUGUCACCGCGUGCUGCGUGUGUGUGUGUGUGUGUCUGUGCGUGUGUGUUCAUGUUUUUUUCUCCCACAUAUGUAACGCUGUGCGCGCGCGUGUGUGUAUGCAUAUGAAAGUAGUGUGUAUCUUUCUCCACGUGCUCAGGAUUUUGCGGGGUUGCGCAUGAGGAGUGAGUGAGCGCGUGUGUGUGUGUGUGUGUGUGUGUGUUUGUGUGUGUGUGUGUGUGUGUGUAAAGAGAAGCAUAUUGCUCCUUUGACUGCGUCCUGCUGGUUUUGGAAAGGAGAGAUGUUUUAGCAUGUACAGUGCGGUUAUGCUGAAGGUUUGAUCUGCCUUGAAAGAGAAAAUUGUGGGGUUCAGACUUGGAGCGCUGCUUUAUUAUUUUUAUUAUUAUUAUUAUUACUACUGCUAUUAUUAUGUGUGUGUGUGUGUGUGUGUGUGUGUGUGUGCACAUUUUUUUUUUUGUCUAAAAGGGAAUAAAAAAAACAACAGCUAAAAAUAAGAAGGGAAAAUAUAUCCCAGCUCCUCCUGGUUUCUUUCUCCACAAAGAAAUCAUUUGAGCUUCCUACCACAGCAGCCUGAACGGGGACGUAAAUAGUUUCAGCACCAUGUGGAUGUGAUUUUAGCCUUGAGAGAGAGAGAGAGAGAGAGAGAGAGAAAGAGCAGACCUUUUUUUUUAGAAGGUUUUAAGACUUUGUGUUUUUAUGGGUCACUCCCUGCCAUGUGGUGCGCGAACAUGACGGAGAAACAUCAGGAAGCUCAGCUCGAUUGAAAGUAAAUGUUGAAGAGAGAUCCAGAAUUGUCGGUGUGAAAGCGUUUUGGGAGAGGAGGCAUGGGAUCCGCACCGCCGCUCCACGCGCUCAGCUUCAUCACCGUCAUCAUCGUCAUCUCCACCCUGCAGCACGGUCUGGUGGAGGCUGAUGACGUGCUGACGAAGGAAGAACAGAUGUACCUCAUCAUCAACGCCAGGAACAAGUGCGAGAGCUCCAUAAAGGCCAGACAUAGAACAACUGAUGGUAACUGUAUCCCUGAGUGGGACGGCUUUGUGUGUUGGCCUGAAGGAGCUCCGGGACGAACGGUGUCUGCCUCCUGUCCUGAGUAUGUCUACGACUUCAACCACAAAGGCCACGCCUACAGGAAGUGUGAUGUGAAUGGAAGUUGGGAACUCACUGCGAAGAACAAGACCUGGGCAAAUUACAGCGAGUGUGCAAAGUUCUUCACACACUACAGUCAGAACAAGGAGAGGGAAGUGUUUGACAGACUAUACCUCAUCUACACCGUCGGAUACUCCAUCUCAUUCGGCUCACUCAUGGUGGCCGUCGUCAUUCUCGGAUACUUCCGGCGUCUGCACUGUACGAGGAACUUUAUCCACAUGCACCUGUUUGUGUCGUUCAUGUUGCGAGCAGUCAGCAUCUUUGUUAAAGACGUUGUUCUGUAUUCGGAAUCGAACUUCGAUGAGACUCAACGAAUCACAGUCGAGGAUCUGAAAUCCAUCACUGAGGCUCCGCCCACUGAGAAAACUAAGUUUAUCGGCUGUAAGAUCACUGUCACGCUCUUCCUGUACUUCCUUGCAACAAAUUAUUACUGGAUACUGGUGGAAGGCCUUUACCUCCACAGCCUCAUCUUCAUGACCUUCUUCUCUGACAGGAAGUACCUCUGGGGCUUCACUGUCAUUGGCUGGGGCGUCCCCGCUAUGUUCGUCACCAUAUGGGCAAGUGUUCGAGCCACUCUCGCUGACACUGAAUGCUGGGACCUGAGUGCUGGUAAUCUGAAAUGGAUCGCGCAGAUCCCCAUUCUGACAGCCAUCGCGAUUAAUUUCCUGCUCUUCUUGAACAUCAUCCGAGUUUUGGCUACGAAGCUGAGGGAGAGUAACGCGGGCCGCUGUGACAGCAGACAGCAGUACAGGAAGCUGCUGAAGUCGACGCUGGUGUUGAUGCCGCUGUUUGGCGUUCACUACAUCGUGUUCAUGGCAAUGCCGUACACGGAGGUGUCCGGAGUCCCCUGGCAGAUUCAGAUGCACUGCGAGAUGCUCAUUAACUCCUUUCAGGGUUUCUUCGUUGCGAUUAUUUACUGCUUCUGUAAUGGAGAGGUCCAGGCGGAGAUUAAGAAGUCGUGGAGCCGGAGGACGCUGGCGUUGGACUUUAAGCGGAAAGCACGCAGCGGUAGUAGCACGUACAGCUACGGCCCGAUGGUUUCCCACACCAGCGUGACCAACGUGACGUCGCGGCAGCGUGAUGUCAGCAUGCGGCUCACGCCUGCUAAUGCUACUGCUACCACCAACGGGCACCGGAACCUUCCGGGCUACGUGAAGAACGGCUCAGUGUCGGACCAGUCCAACCCGUCAUCUGCUCACGAACUCCACGUGCAGGAGGAUGAGCCGUCCAAGAUGGUGACGGAUGAAAAACCCGCUCCGUUGGUGGAGGAAGAGCGGGAAACGGUCAUGUGACUUGGUAGCUGUUACAAAGAACCUCAGGAUCUGCUCUCGGAGGAGUUUGCUCUAUAAGCCUAGUGUUUAAAGGCUAAUGAAGGAACUCUGGACCACGAGCAGAAUUCAGAAGACAAUAUUUUCAUUGCUCUCAGAUGAAGAUGAUAUUUAAUGUGUAAAAUAUUGUAUAAAUGUAUUCUGUAUAGUCAAAUGUGUGAUUACGUGGUGCAUUUUUUUUUUUUUUUUUUUUUAAAUCAGGUGUUUUUACGUUCUUCUUAACUUCUCACGUGAGUAGUUUAGAGAAAACUCAUUUUUUGUUGUCGUUGUAGCUGAAACUUUUUAAGGUAAUUUUUUUGAAGUAACCAUAAUAACUUCAGGUAUCUUCAGGUUCAUGUCGCUCGUUAUCGAGCUUCUCACACAAGUUUAUCAUUUCACAUGGAAGUCUUAAUGUUUACUUUUACACCAGAAUAAUCCUUCAGUUAGUUUUUUUAAGAAAAAAAAAUCUCUUAAAGAACAAAUCUUUCAUGAAACGUUUUAAAGAACACGUGACCUUUUUCAGACCUACAGCAUCUCAGCAAAUCCAUCUCGUUCCUAGAAUCCUCCAUUUCUGUGCUUCAUAGCCAUUAGCAUGCGCGUGUCCGUACUUGUCGCUAUGUUGUCGUUGCUUAGCAUUGAAACGCUGGCUUGUUAAUUUCCCCUCUAGUUUGAAAAUGAUGUCUAAUUUGUCAGAUUUAUUUGGGGGUCAAAUUGAUGUAUGUUUUUGUCAUGACCUCACUUCCUCUCAAGGAUUCCACACAUUCACUCAUUACAUACAGACAGUUUAGGAAAUAAGCUAACAGGAAGAAGGAAGAUGCAGCUAGUCAGCUAGUUUUACUAGCUUAAGUAUACCUAGCAUGUUAGUUGCCAAAUGACCAUAAAAAGCUAUGCUAAUUUAAAUUCUUUAAAAAAAUUUUGUCACAUAACUAGCUAACUUAGCUAACCCUCUAUUCUGCUAACAAUAGCUAGCACUAAUUGACUUGGCAAAAAACUGGAACUGAAUUAUCUGAUUGGAAAAUGUAAUGAAUUCAUAUAAAGACAUUUCUAUUUUGAUUUUAUUUAAGCAUCCAGUGUUUCAUUAUCGCUUAAACUUUGUCAGUUUCAACGUUUAUUUUAUCUCCUUUUGCAGAUUAACCUUCAUCUCAAAACAAAUGAGUUAUAAUUAUUUAUUAGAUUUUUUUAAAAAAUGUAUAGUAAAAGCUUAAAAUCCGUAAAUCGACUCAGUGUGUAAAAGUGUGUCAAGGUUUGUAUUCGUGCAGGUCAAAAUGUUUACAAACAAAAUUAAAAAACCUAAAACAGAAAAAUGUUGGUAUUGUGCGUGAAAAGAGCCGCCGUCAUGCUAACGCUUCUGUAACGUUAUGGCAACUAGAAAGGGAUCUUAGUGCUACGAUACACUGACGACUUAUUAAAGUGACAUUGCUAGUUGACUUUUACACAAUCAAACUUAAAGCUUCUUAAAACUGAACGUAAUCCUCAGCUGGCUGGCUAGCUGUCUGCACAGCUAAGUAACUGAGUAUUUCAUCUAGCAAAAUUUGUUCUAGUUUAAAGAAAACAUCCUAAAUAUUUGUCGGUUGCUAACUAGCUAACGGAGCAUGUUAGCUAGCUCUAGACCCAGGAUACUUUUACAUUGAAGGUUUAUUUUACUCACUUGAGGAAAAUGAUAUGAUAUGAUCAUAUGAUCAUUUUGGAACAUUUAAUGGAAUUUUUUUAGAAAGAAUUUUAUUAAAUUAGCAAUGUUGCUUUAAAAAGUUACAGAGUGUGUUGUUGUUUUUUGUUUGUUUGUUUGUUUGUUUUUUACACGUAAUUGUUUUCAGAAAUUAGCAGGUUUGAAAGCUUUCAUAUUUUGUUGUGCUUUAUUUUACAAAAAUCUGUUGCAAGUGUCUAAAAUAGUAUACUUUUUUAUUUUAAAAACUGUAAAAGUGUCUUGGUCUUUAAAAUUCUUUUUAUUUCCUGUAAAUAUUUUAAAAGGUAAAACAUUCUUCUGGGUGCUUUUUUUUGUAUAUUUUUUGUUUUUUCUCAGAGUUUCCGCGCGGUAUUGUUUACUGAAUUAAAAGCUAAAUUGUUUAUAUUACAGUAAAAAUAAUUCUAAGUAUUAGCACCUUAUGUGUAUCUAUACAUGUAAUUAUAUAUAUAUAUAUAUAUAUAUACUGUCUGUGUGUGUGUGUGUGUGUGUGUGUGUGUGUGUGAUCUCACUGUGAGGAAUAAUUAUUUUAUUGACCAGUAUUAAAAAAACAAAGUUGCACAGAAUAAUGAAGGAAUUAAUUGUUUAUAAGGUGUUUUAUUUUUAUAUCCGUGGGGCAUUAAUGAUGGUGAGUGUGUCGAUGAUCAGUUCUAACCUACAAUAUAUUCAGCAGAUGGAUGUGUACCUACAUAAAAUCUUUACAAAGCUGAAGCAGCAAUAUCCCAUAAUUAUGUUUAUCGUCAUGACAGUGCAAAAAAAUUGCCACCCUCUGUACAUAUGAGCAAAGGCUGUGAAAAUUUGUCUUUAUUGUUUUGUUAAAAAAAUUCACAAAAUUACUCUGCUCUCAUGGAUAUCAAACAAUUGCAAAUACAACACAGGUUUAUCCAAAAAUAUAUAUAUAUAUUUGUUAAAUAUAGAUGUGCAACAGCUCUGAGUCUUCUCCUAUAACACCAGAUGAGGUUGGAGAAUACUUGGUGAGGGAGCUGAGACGGUUUUCUAUGGGGUUCAGGUCAGGGGACUGGGAGGGUCAUGGCAGGACCUUGAUUUUGUGGUCAGUAAACCAUGUUUGUGUUGAUGUUGAUGUAUGUUUUGGAUCAUUGUCCUGCUGGAAGAUCCAACCACGGCCCAUUUGAAGAUUUCUGUCAGAGGCAGUCAGGUUUUCAUUUAAUAUCUGUUGAUAUUUGAUAGAGUCCAUGAUGCCAUGUAUCCUAACAAAAUGUCCAGGUCCUCUGGCAGAAAAACAGUCCCAAAACAUUAAAGAUCCACCUCCAUAUUUAACCAUGGGCAUGAGGUACUUUUCCAUAUGGCUACCUCUCUGUGUGCUCCAAAACCACCUCUGGUGUUUAUUACCAAAAAACUCUAUUUUGGUUUCAUCUGACCGUAGAACCCGAUCCCAUUUGAAGUUCCAGUAGUGUCUGGCAAACUGAAGAUGCUCGAGUUUGUUUUUGGAUGAGAGUAGAGGCUUUUUUCUUGAAACCCUUCCAAACAACUUGUGGUGAUGUAGGUGACUUCGGAUGAAGUUUUGGAGACUUUCUGACCCCAAGACACAACUAACUUCUGCAGUUCUCCAGCUGUGAUCCUUGUGAAUCCCUGUGAUUUUUAUCCACUCGAACCGUCCUCUUCACAGUGCGUUGAGACGAUAUAGACACGCGUCCAAUUCCAGGUCGAUUCAUAACAUUUCCAGUUGACUGGAACUUCUUAAUUAUUGCCCUGAUGGUGGAAAUGGGCAUUUUCAAUGCUUCUGCUAUUUUCUUAUAGACACUUACCAUUUUGUGAAGCUCAACAACCUUUUGCCGCACAUCAGAGCUAUAUUCCUUGGACUUACCCAUUGUUAUGAAUGACUAAGGGAAUGUGGCCUGUGUGUUACCUCAUAUUUAUACCCCUGUGGAACAGGAAGUCAUGGUUGAACAAUUU